GGCUUCGGCCGGCCGGUCAGUCGUGCUGUGGCGGCAACCACGACGCGUAGUCGGUUCCACGUUCCACCGCGAUGUUGCCAAACAAGAUCCUCGAUCGUCGGUUCGAGUCCUCGAGGACCGGUCCGCGGGAGGGAUGAACUGAGCCGGGGAGGAUCGGCGAUCUCUCGUUCCCGUGGGAACCAGCGGGAUCGUUCCGGGCCCGCCGGGAGCCGUUUGGGACCAGCGGACGGACGCAGCAGCCUCGCGGCGCCUCUUCCACAGACCUACGGUCUCCGAGCCCUCGGACCCGUGUGCGUGCGUGCGUGCACCUCCGCGCCUCUAAUAUCUGGCAUAAUCCAUCCCGGUCGAGCCAGUGGGAUCGUCCCGAUGGCUCGCACUCGCUCCGCCUCGCGGCAAUUAGUCCCGAGCCGCAGGAUCCCCUGACUCCGGCGAUCCACGAGCCCCUCGCCGAGAGACGAUCGCCCCUCGAUCCUGGUAAACAAAACGAGGACCCGGCCGGAUACUUUCGUCCAGCAGGCUCGGCGUCGGCACCCUCGGCCUCGGGGAACACGUGCGGAUGCUCGGGGCGCCAAGUGGUUCCAGAUGAUCGUCGUCCCGCGACGUCGUGCGUCGAUGAUCCUCGACGGUCCACGUCCGCGUCGUUCUCGCCUAGCGAAACGAUCAUCGUUCGACUGACGGGGUGGAGAUCGAGAGGGGUCAGCCGGGACUUCGCUCCGGGUGCUGGGGAUCCACGGAUCGCCGGGGCGGACUUGCUGCGGGAAGCCGUCGACUUCAGGACGACUUCAAGCCGUCGCUGGGACGUUGACGCUGCGUUCGCAGUGAUCGCGGACGCCACUCUGGACUCUUCUAACCGUGAGAUCACGCAAAUUGUGGUGCAACGAGGUUCCGAAGGCCUGCGAGCUUCUGCGAAGAUAGCUCGUUCUAAGAGAAAACUCCGAGAGAAGCGAAGGGACUCGCUUUAACUGUCUCGCUCGCGAAGGAGUUUAGACGCCGAAGCCUGACAACGCGCAGGCUCGAAGGGCCUAAUCGCGAAGCUAGAUGGUACACCGAAGCCCACAGCGAGAUUUCCGAGGGCCUGAUCGCGGUCACCGCGAAGCUAGACAGCUGUACGCCGAAGCCUAAAGCGAGAUCUCGUCUAAUCGCGGCGUUUGCGAAUCCUUGGAGAGCCUAAUCGCGGCCUCCGCGACCCCCGGAGAGCCUAAUCGCUGCCUCGGCGAAGCCUCGAAGAGCCUAAAAAUCGACUAGCCAAAGGGAGAAAGUUUUUCUACGCCGAAGAAUCCUGUUAGCCUUUCUUCCCGGUCCCUCCCUGUCCCCGCCGUAGACGAAACGCAGACGCAGUUCCACAGUCGAUUGAUCGACUUUAAAGAGACUCGAUUUUCACUCGAAGGGAAGUGUCCCGACAGUCGAGCGAUCGACUUUAAAAAGACAGCCCCCGCCUCUCGGAAGAUCGGGAAGAGGACACGCGGUCCCUCGCUGAAAACUUGCAACGAGCCUGGGAGAGCAGCGAGCAGGACGCGACCGACAUCUCGCAGAGUCGGCUCGAGGCUUUAAAGAAACCUAAUUUCGAGACUCUUGGAGGCUGUGUAUAUAUAUAUACCGAGGAGAGAGAGGAGAGAGAGAGAACGGUGUAACUCGGUACGAAGUAGCUAUUAAACUUCGCCCGACAUCGAUACCAGUCGAACGGAUCGACUUUAAAGAACGGUACAAGUCCCGGGAUAGAGGACUCGGAGAUAUUAUUAAAUUCGCGUCGAGAACGUAGAUAGAUCAUCCCGGCGGACCCAAACAGCCCCUGGCCGGCCUGGAUCUGGCAAAGGCGUGGAGUUUUCGGCUGCGAAGCGAGCUAACGUCGAGCCGAGAGGCCCGGUUCAACUCGGAGAUUCGGUUCGAGAUUUGGGCCAGACCCGUUCGGAGACCUCGUCGAGGGCCUGGUGCAGCUCGAAUAUCGGCUGGAAGAGAUCCCCCGGCUCGGGGACCCGGUCCAAGGUGGGAGACCCAUCGAAGGGAGGUCUCCUCGACUCGAAAUAAGAUGUCAGAAGCCUCGUGAACCGAAGAGCCCCCACCGGUUACAAUGAGCCACCAUCUCGGUCGGCUGCUGAUCCUACUGUUGUCGCUCCAGCAGCUUCCCCUGGUGACGCAGUCGAAGAAUCACAGCGAACGCGAGGCCGUGGUGAUCCCCGGGGACAUCGUGUUAGGGGGCCUGUUCCCGGUGCACGAGAAAGGCAGCUCCUCCUGCGGUCCCAAUGUCUACCACCGCGGCGUGCAACGUCUCGAGGCGAUGCUCUUCGCCAUCGACCAGAUCAACAACAACAGAACCAUCCUGCCCGGCAUCACCCUCGGCGUCCACAUCCUGGACACCUGCAGCAGAGACACCUACGCCCUCAAUCAGAGCCUGCAUUUCGUUAGGGCCUCGCUGUCCGGCCCGGACACCAGCAUCCUCGAGUGCGCCGAUCGAUCGGUGCCCAAGGUCACCAAGACCGCUUCCGUCGGCCCCAUCUUCGGGGUGAUCGGGGGCUCCUACAGCUCGGUGUCCCUUCAGGUGGCCAACCUGCUCAGGCUGUUCCAUAUACCACAGAUCUCGCCCGCGUCCACCGCCAAGGCGCUCAGCGACAAGACCAGGUUCGACUACUUCGCCCGGACAGUGCCGCCGGACACGUUCCAGUCGAUCGCCCUGGUGGACGUGGUGAAGAGCGCGAACUGGUCGUACGUCUCCACGGUGUACUCGGAGGGUAGCUACGGGGAGUACGGUAUAGAGGUGUUCACGCGCGAGGCGACCGAGCGCAACGUGUGCAUCGCGGCGGCCCUGAAGGUGCCGAGCGCGGCGGACGACCACAUCUUCGACGACAUCAUCCAGCGGCUUAGCAAGAAAUCGAACGCCAGAGCGGUGGUGUUGUUCACGAGGGCCGAGGACGCUCGAGGGAUCCUGGAAGCGGCCAGCCGGUCGAACCUGAGCCAGCCGUUCCAGUGGCUCGCCAGCGACGGCUGGGGUCGACAGGGCAAGCUGGUGGAGGGCCUGGAGGACGAGGCCGAGGGCGCGAUCACCGUCGAGCUGCAGUCGAAGAACAUACCGGGCUUCGACGAGUACAUGGCCUCGCUCACGCCGGAGAACAACCGCAGGAACCCGUGGUUCACCGAGUACUGGGAAGAGGUGUUCGGCUGCGUGCUGAGGAGAUCAUCGCCGGUCUUCCAGAACGGCACCACGCCGUGCUCCCCGCAGCUGAGACUGACGGCCGCGUCCGGCUACGAGCAGGAGUCCAAGGUGCAGUUCGUCGUCGACGCGGUGUACGCGUUCGCCCUCGCGUUGCACAACCUGCAGAAGGACAGCUGCGCGAAGCGCGAGGGUCUCUGCAACAGCAUGGCGGCCUACGAUCGGGGUUCCUUCUACAGGAACUAUCUGCUCAACGUGUCCUUCAUCGAUCGCGCCGGCAGCGAGGUGAAGUUCGACGAGCACGGGGACGGGCUGCCGCGUUACGAGAUCCUCAACUUCCGGAAAUCGGACCACAACGGGUCCAACGGAUACCACUAUCGGGUGGUGGGCAAAUGGUUCAACUCGCUGAACAUGAGCACGGAGGAGCUGGUGUGGGCCAGGGGCACGAAAGACAUACCGAUAUCCGCGUGCUCGUUGCCCUGCGAGCCAGGUAUGAUAAAGAAGCAACAGGGUGACACUUGUUGCUGGGUGUGCGACCAGUGCGAGGAGUACGAGUACGUCUACGACGAGCACACCUGCAAGGACUGCGGCCCGGGGAAGUGGCCCCACGACGACAAGAGGGGCUGCUACGAGCUGCCGAUCAACCACAUCAGGUGGAACAGCGCGUUCGCGAUCGUUCCCGCGGUGAUCUCGAGCUUAGGUAUCACGAUGACCUUGGCGGUCGCCUGCGUUCUGUUCCAUCACCGCGACACGCCCCUCGUGAAGGCGUCCGGCCGCGAGCUGACCAUCAUCAUGCUGGCCGGAGUCCUCGUCUGCUAUCUGAACACGUUCCUGUUGCUGGUGACCCCUACCACGGUCACCUGUAUCCUACAAAGGUUCGGGGUGGGCGUCAGCUUCAGCGCCGUCUACGGGGCGUUGCUCACCAAGACCAAUAGGAUCGCGAGGAUCUUCGACUCCGCCUCGAGGUCCGCGGUCAGGCCCAGGUACAUCAGUCCCACCUCCCAGGUGUGCAUCGCCGCGGCGCUGAUCGCUUUGCAGUUGGUGUUGACGUUGGUCUGGAUGAUCGUCCAGCCGCCGGGCACCAGGUACUCGUACCCGACGCGCAGACAGGUGAUACUCAAGUGCAACAUCCAGGACAUGAGCUUCCUGUUCUCGCAGCUGUACAACGCCCUGCUGAUCGUGGUCUCGACGAUCUACGCGGUGAAAACGCGCAAGAUCCCGGAGAACUUCAACGAGAGCAAGUUCAUCGGGUUCACCAUGUACACCACGUGCAUCAUCUGGCUGGCGUUCGUGCCGAUCUACUUCGGCACCGGGAACGCCCACGAGACGCAGAUCACCACCCUCUGCGUGGCGAUCAGUCUGAGCGCCUCGGUGACCUUGGUCUGUUUGUACUCCCCGAAGGUCUACAUCAUCCUGUUCCAGCCGGACAAGAAUAUCCGGCGGAAGGUGACCAUGGGUGACAAGUUCAAGAAGCCGGGCAGCAGCGCGGGCACCUCAUCCAUUACCAAGUACACGGGCUGCGAGCUGACCAGCGAGAGCAUGCCGUUGCAGAGCGCCCUGACGGCGGCGGUGCAGACGUCGGUCGGCGUGACGGAGAUCAGCUUGACGUCGAACACAUCGGGCAAAACUACUAACGAGCAAGUGGCCGAGCUGUAGAGAGCAAGAGAGCAAGAGAGCGAGGGAGAGAGAGAGAGAGAUAGAGAGAGGGAGCGCGCGCAAAAGAGGGAAACAGAGAAAGAGAUAGAGCGAGGGGGAGAGAAGGGGGUAGGCAGAGGCGGCCCGUCGUAAUUCAGAUUUUCAGAGAACCCUGACCUCCGGUUGCACCCUCUGGCAACCGGCCAGCCGAUAAGACCGGCCGGAAGGGUCGCGGUAGUGAAUAGUGCGAAUGUGUGCUAAUAAAAAGGGGAAGGACAGCUCUCCCCUACCCCCCGAGACCGACCCCCGCGCGCCGCUGUCUGGCCAUGUUCGUCAGAGAAACGUAGCGCGAAUCGGGAGCAGCAGGGCCGAGGAGAAUGGACGGCCCGGCCCGAUAAGGGAGCGGUUACAAAGAAUCGCGACAAAGCUCCUCGCGUGAUGUCCGAUGCCUCGUGAAUCCUCCACGGAUCUGGGUAAGCUUAGGUUAUUUACUGCCGGCGCUGGAGGUACAGCGGGCUCUUCUUUUUCGCGGGGGUCGAACUCCGGAAGAGGAUCGCCUAAUUUCGGCUACUGUUCGUACGAUUGUUGCGAAGAAGUAUUCGAACACCUUUUAACCCUUUCAUGGGCACAAUACGAAUUUUCAAGGUGUCAGUACAUUUCAACGGUAGGAAUAAUUGAGCCCAGUGUCCGUGUACGCGCUAAAAGGGGGUGGGAAGCUUAGUUUCCAGGGCCUGUGAAAGGGUUAAAACGCAAUAACUCUCUUAAAGCCGGACCAAAUGAUUCGAAUUCUUUUUUAAAUAUUAAAAGAACUGGUUCGCUCUACAGCGUUUGAAACAUAAUAUU